AUGUUGAAAAGCCAAUCAAAUACUGGCCAUGUAGAUGGUUUGCAUAACAGCAGUACUCAUUAUAAUGAUGAAGUCUCGUCAAUAUCAAAAUCUAUAAAGAAUGCAGACGAAUCGGUUAAUUUUAUUACCUUUAACCAAGAUGCAUCUUGUAUUGCUCUUGGAUUGAAUAAUGGAUACAAGAUAUUCAACUGUAAACCGAAUUUUGGUAAGUGCUAUCAAUUUAAAAAGAAUGAAUCCAUUGGCAAAAUUGAAAUGUUAUACUGUACGUCAUUGAUUGCAAUUGUUGGAUUAGGUGAAGAAGUAGGAUCGUCACCCAGAAAGCUUAAGAUAAUAAAUACAAAACGACAGUCGACUAUAUGUGAGCUCAUAUUCCCAUCGACCAUAUUGCAAGUUAAAUUAAGCAAAUCAAGGAUGAUUAUAUUAUUAGAGGAACAGAUAUAUAUAUAUGACGUAACGACCAUGAAAUUACUACACACCAUUGAAACCAGCCCUAACGGCAAUGGCUUGUGUACAUUAUCUUCUGACAACUGUGAUGGUAAGAACAACAGUUAUUUGGCAUAUCCUUCGCCACCAAAAACCAUUACUCAUGAUUCAUUAUUGGUAAAUGGAAUUAAUACUAAUGGCGGGAUGAAUUCUGUUCAAAAUAAUGUACAAUCGGUAAGUAAUAGUCCCAAUAGAAUUGGGGAUGUGAUUAUAUUCAAUACCACCACUUUACAACCGCUUUCAGUAAUUGAAGCCCAUAAAUCUGCAUUAGCCGCCAUAACAUUAUCCACCGACGGCACCCUAUUGGCUACAGCAUCGGAUAAAGGAACAAUUGUGAGGGUAUUUUCUGUUGCAACUGGCUUGAAAUUAUAUCAGUUCAGAAGAGGAACUUAUCCUACUAAGAUAUUCUCACUUUCAUUUAGUUUUGAUAAUAAGUAUGUUCUUGCGACUAGUUCAAGCGGAACUGUACAUAUUUUUAGGUUAGGUGAGGACGAAUCAUUAGAAAAUAAGCAUAAGAGAAAGAGGAAUUCGAAGAAAUUGAAACUAAAUCCAGAAUAUGAAACGAUAACAGAAGAAAAUGAAAACGAAAUACAAAAGGAAGACGCAGAAGACGACGAUAUAAUUCAGGACGAUGGCGAUGACAGUGAUGCAGAUGACGAUGACGAUGAAUCAUUGGAAGUCAUACCUAGUAAGCACAGAAAGUUAUCUCAAGAUUCAAACAAUUCAUUUACUAGUUUUAAUUCUACCUUUAGUAAUGACGAAAGCAAGGAUAAUAAAUCAGAACCGUUGAUUGAUCAAAAUCGUUUGUCGGUAGCGCGUCUAAUACGAAGAUCUUCCCAGACAUUGGGAAGAAAAGCGGCUCAAAAAAUGGGGGACUUUCUUCCAACGAGGUUCUCAUCCAUUCUUGAACCUACUAGAAAUUUUGCCUCCUUGAAAAUCAACUCCGUGAGUAAAGAUAUCAAAUCCAUUGCUAUUAUAAACAACGAAAUACAAGAAGAUCUAGUUCCUCAAGCAUAUUUAAAUUCGAAGGAAAAUAACCCUAGCCCUCCCAAAGAUAUCUCGGUGAAUAAUGCUAAGGAUUUACUCCCAUUAAAUUUAUUACAUAUUAAUGUUGUAACAUCCGAAGGUUAUUUUUACACGUACGGCUUGGAUCCAGAAAGAGGCGGAGAUUGUAUAUUAUUACACCAAUAUUUCUUAUUAGAUUAG